AUGGCUUCCACUGCACUCCGUGUUGUUUAUAACAAUUUGAUUGAACAUGUCAGAAAGUACAAGAUUCUCCAAUCGGUGAAUGCUCUUGCUGAUUGGGAUGAGUUAGUCAUGAUGCCUCCAAAGGGUGCUGAAUCAAGAGGAUUGCAAAAGACUGUCUUGGCUUCUUUGACUCACGAUUUGCAAACUUCUCCACUCAUUGAAAAGUAUCUUUCGGAAUUGGUAACUACUCAAGAUGAUCAAAAGAUUGUAGUGAAGAAUGAUUCCGAAUUUGAUGAAUAUGAAAUUUCCAAUAUUAUUCUCAUCCAUAAGGAAUUUAUAAGAAAUACUAAAAUUACAAAGGAAUUGGUUGAGAGAGCUUCUGAAUUAUCUAGUCGUGGAUAUCAUCAAUGGGUUGAAGCUAGAAAGAAAAGUGAUUGGACCUUGUUCCAAGACACUCUCCAAGAAUGGGUUAACAUUCGUAAGGAAAUGAGUUUGUUGAUUGAACCAAAUCAAAAUAUUGCUGAUACUUUGCUUGACGAAUAUGAUCCUGGAAUGACAUGUGAACAAGUUGCUCAAGUUUUUGAAGAUGUCAAGAAGGAAUUGAUUCCACUCAUUCAAGCCAUUAGAAAGAAGGUUGAAGAAAAUCCAGAAAAAUACAGUGAUGCUUCCUUGCUUGCCAAGAUUCAAGCUGGUGCAGAUGAAUUGUUUGAUCAAAAGGAACCGUUCCCAGUUGAAAAGCAAACUGAACUCUCCAAGCAAGUAGCUCAAGAAUUAGGUUUCGAUUUUGAAAUGGGUAGAUUGGAUGUCAGUGUUCACCCAUUCAGUACUUCAUUCUCAACCAAUGAUGUCAGAAUUACUACCAGAUAUAAUACUAAGGAAUUCGUUAAUGGUUUGGCUGGUACUGUACACGAAACAGGACACUCACUCUAUGAAGCUGGUCUCAAUCCACUCUAUGCCUAUCAACCAGUUCAAUCUGCUCUUGGUACUACCAUCCACGAAAGUCAAUCCUUGUUCUGGGAAAGACAUGUUGGUUUGAGUAAGGGAUUCUGGAGAAAGUGGUUGCCAGUUGCUGAAGAAUUGUUCCCAUACUUGAAGCAAAAGAAAUUGAGCGUUGAUGACAUUUACAGAUCUGCCAAUACUGUCACCCUCAAUAACUUUAUCAGAAUUGAAGCUGAUGAAUUGACCUAUCCAAUGCACGUAAUUCUUAGAUUUGAAAUAGAAAAGGGAUUAUUGGAUGGAUCAAUCAGUGUUGCUGAUGUUCCAAAAGUUUGGAAUGCCAAAGUUAAGGAAUAUUUGGGACUUGAUGUUCCAAAUGAUGCUAAGGGUGCUCUCCAAGAUGUCCACUGGAGUUCAGGCGCUUUUGCCUAUUUCCCAACAUAUCUUCUUGGUGCUAUGGCCUCUGCUCAAAUCUCUGCAUCCAUUCCAGAUUUUGAAAAACACAUUGAAGAAAAUAACUAUGCCUUCUUGAAGAAUUGGUUGAAUGAAAACAUCCACAAGAGAGGUACUGUUACAUUGACCUCUAACAAGUUGCUUAAGGAAGCUACUGGUUCUGAAUUGAAUCCAAAGAUCUUUGUUAACUAUCUCAAGACUAAAUACAGUGCUCUCUAUGAUCUUUAAAAUAAAAUUAUCAUUACUUUCAAAUG